AUGGCUUCCUCUUCUUCUUCCAUUACUCCUGAACUAGAGCAUGAGGUUUUCCUUAGUUUCCGCUGUGAGGACACCCCACGAAACUUUACCAGCCAUCUAGAUGAAGCCUUUCGUCAGAAAAAUAUCAAAACUUUCAUUGAUGAUAAGCUUAAUAGAGGAGAAGAAAUUUCUCCCUCUCUUCUGAAGGCAAUUGAACAUUCGAAGAUCUCGGUUAUCAUUUUCUCUAAAGGCUACGCUUCCUCCAGUUGGUGUCCCAAAGAACUUGAGGAGAUUAUUAAAUGUAAGAACACGCAUGAUCAGAUCGUAAUACCAGUCUUCUAUGACGUAGAUCCAUCUGAUGUCAGGAAUCAAAUUGGGGAUUUUGGGAAAGCAUUUGCUGAGCUUGAAAAGCGUUUUAUGAGUGAUUCAGAGAUGUUGCAGAGAUGGAGGACUGCUUUGAGGGAUGCAGCCAACCUAUCUGGUUAUGAUUCAAAGAACUCUAGGAAUGAGGCAACGCUGGUAAAAGAUGUUGUCAAUGAUGUAUGGAGGAAAUUGGAUUACAACUCCUCAGUUGUUCCUUCCAAGGACCUAGUUGGACUAGAGUCAUCAAUUAAAGAGAUUGAAAAUUUAUUAUGUUCAAAAAGUGUUUGCAAGCUAGGAAUUUGGGGUAUCGGGGGCAUAGAAAAAACUACUCUUGCUGGUGCUAUAUUUGGAAAAAUCUUUCAACAGUUUAAAGCGUCUUACUUCAUUUUGAAUAUUAGAGAAGAAUCAAAGAAAAACAAAGGAUUAAAUGACUUAUGCCAAAAAUUGAGUUCUGCAAUUUUAGGGGAUGAACAUCUCAAUCAUGGAUUCACCUUUAGAAGAAAAAGUUUCAUUAGCAGAAGAAAAGUUCUCAUUGUGUUUGAUGAUGUAAAGAAGUUAGAACAAAUAAAAUGUUUAAUGGGAGUUUUUGGCAACUUCGAUUCAGAUAGUCGAAUCAUUAUAACGACAAAGGAUAAACAUGUGCUAAGGAAUUAUGAAGUGGAUCACAUUCAUGAGAUGACAAGGUUAUCUUCUCAUAAUGCUCUUCAACUUUUUGCCUUACAUGCCUUUAAAGGAAACCCUCCAACAGAAGAUUAUAACGAGUUAUCAUCUAUAGUAGUAGCUUAUACUAAAUGUGUUCCACUAGCUCUUAAAGUUCUUGGUUCCUUUCUAUUCAAGAGGACGAAGAGAGAAUGGGAAAGUGCACUAAAAAACUUAAGAACAAGUCUUUAUGUGGAUGUCCACAAGGUGUUAAAAAUAAGUUAUGACAGAUUAAAUGAUAAAGAGAAGGCUGCAUUUUUAGAUAUUGCAUGUUUCUUUAAAGGAUAUAAAAGAGAUCUCAUAGAAGCAAUCCUAAAUGCUCGUGACUUUGACUCUCAUAUUUCUAUACAUCUUCUCAUUGAAAGGUGUCUCAUAACUACAUCAUUUGACACCAUAACAAUGCAUGAUUUACUUGUAGAAAUGGGUAGGGAAAUUGUUCGGCAAGAAUCAAUUGAUGAUCCUGGUAAACAUAGUCGGUUGUGGGAUCCUAAUGCAAUCUUUUUAGUAUUGAAGUAUAAUAUGAGAGCUAGAGCAAUUCGAAGUAUAUGCUUGGAUAUGUUUGAAGUAGAAGAGUUGCAUUUAAAUCCUAAAGCUUUCAACAACAUGCAAAACCUAAGAUUCUUGAAAAUUUAUGAGUUCAAACAUGGAAAGAAGAAAUUUGUUAAUUUGAAACAUAUUGACAUCAGUCACUCUAAACGUCUAUGUAGUAUACCAGAUUUAUCACUUAUGCCAAAUCUUGAGAGCUUGAAGCUUGAAGAUUAUACAAAUUUGCUUGAGAGUUUCUCAUCUAUCUGUAAUCUCCAUAAACUUGUUAUCCUGAAUCUACAAGGAUGCAAAAGCUUUGAUAAUCUUCCAAUUAGUUCUAAUUGUCAAUCUCUUCGAGUUGUUAAUCUCUCUAAUUGCUCAAAUCUCAAAGAAGUUUUAUAUCUCCCUAAUACAGUUGAUGAAUUAUAUCUAGAUGGAACUGUCAUUAAAGAAUUUCCAUCAAUAGGGCAUUUAUUUAGACUAGUAACAUUGAGUCUUAGAAAAUGUUAA